AUGGGGACUGAGGUUUCUCAGAAGCCGACAACGUCUGCCUUGAAGACCUCUGGCUUUGGGAGCGGCGUGGGCAGGUGGUGCUGCCGUUGCUUCCCCUGCUGCGGGAGCUGCCGCCAGGACGGCGCGGGCUGCGGAGUGGAGCACUGUGACAGCGCCUUCCUGGAGCCUGGGUACGACGUCUGCCCGGAAGAUCUCGACGAUCUCCACAGAGCUGCCUGGGGGGGCACAGUCCCCAGAGUGGAGCUCAUCCUCAUGCUCAGGGACCCUGGCUUGGACAAGAGAGACAAGAAGAAGAGGACGGCUCUACAUUUGGCCUGUGCCAAUGGCCAUCCAGAAGUGGUAAAACUCCUGCUGCACAGAAACUGUCAACUUCACGUCUUGGACGGGGAAAAGAGGACAGCUCUCAUAAAGGCUGUCCAAUGUCAGGAAGAGGAAUGUGCAAAUAUUUUGCUAGAACAUGGCACUGAUCCAAAUAUCCCAGAUGUCUAUGGCAACACUACUCUACAUUAUGCCAUCUAUAAUGAGGAUAAAUCAAUGACAAAAAUACUACUUUCUUAUGGUGCAAAUAUUGAAUCAGAAAACAAGGGUGGACUUACACCAUUUUUACUUGCCGUAGUUGAACAAAAACAGCAAAUGGUAGAAUUUUUAGUGAAGAAGAAAGCAAAUUUAAAUGCUGUUGACAACUUUAAAAGAACAGCCCUCAUACUUGCUGUAUGUUGUGGAUCAGAAAUUAUGGUCAGCAUUCUUCUUCAGCUAAAUAUUGAUGUCUUUUCUCAAGAUAUAUAUGGACGAACAGCAGAAGACUAUGCUGUUUCUAGGCAUUAUAUUAAAAUUUGCCAACAACUUUCUGACUACAAAGAAAAAAAUAUACCAAGAAACACUUCUCAAAAUAGCGAUCUAGAAGGAACAUCUUACAAGAUUGUGUGUUUGGCAGAAGGAACAUCUAAUGACGUUGUGGCAGAAGGAGCAGCAAGUGCAAAAGUGGAUGGGCGUUCUGAAGACUCUGCUGUCAGGUUUUCUGGCAAACAAACUAUUGAUUAUUUUUUGCCUACAUCAGAUUAUGAAGACAUUGAUUCUGAUAUCAAGGAUGGACCAAUUAAGCCAGCAAAUGGACAAAGACAAAAUGAUACUGGUGUUACUGCAAGUGCCCCACAAGAAUACACAAAUAAUGACAGUUUAAUUUUUGUUGACAAAAACAACAGAAGUGAUACAACAGCCACAUCAGGAUCCGGCCAAGACAGAAAUAUGGAAUGA